AAUCAAAAUUAAAUAAAAAUAAAUUAGAAUUAAUUUCACGACCUUUGGGAGUGGUGGGAGACUGUUUGGGUAUAUAUAUGGGAGCUCCUAGCCAUAAGAGCUAUCAUUGUGUUGCUGACCUAGUUGGAGACAAGUUGCUGUUUUUAGUGUGUGCUACAGUGCAGUUAAAGUAAGUACAAUCUAUAUUGUUUAUUAUUAUUUUAAAAGACCCAUUUUGAUGAAAAUACUUUAUGUGGGGAUGUCUCCUCACACAUCAUGAUGAUGAUUCAGUUUGAGAGAAUUUUAAAAGACCCAUUUUGAUGAAUUCUAUAUUGUUUAUUAUUAUUUCAAAAGAUCCAUAUUGAUAAAUACUUUGUGUGUGGGUGACUUUAAGAUGUCUCCUCACACACACACAUCAUGAUGAUCAUUCAGUUUGAGAUAGAGAAUUUUAAAAGACCCAUUUUGAUGAAUACUUUGUGUGGGGACUUUAAGAUGUCUCCUCACACAUCAUGAUGAUCAUUCAGUUUGCAUACUAUUCAUUUUUUCUUAAAACUAUUCUUGUUGAAUGGGCAUUGUAAAAUCCAACCCUCCCAUACUAGAGAUAACCACCCAUACAAUAUUAGAGAACCACCCAUACUAACGGCAUGUAUGUCGUUUUCAGCCAUGAUCCGAUCCAAUGGUAUUGACAUGAACAGCAGGCUUGAAGCAGCCUACCUUGCUGACCAGAUAUCUAGAGGACGUCUAGUGAUAAUGUGGGUACCUCAUGAUGAGGGAGACCAAAGGGCUUACAAUGAACUGAUGUCAAGGGGUAGAAUGGAAGUACAAUUCAUUCCAAACAAUCCUCAUUUACCACCAAUUACAUUUGGACCCAACCCUAGACAAGCUCCCCACAACAAUAACCUCCAUUCCUACAGGUCUGCUCCUUACAACCUACAAAAUCGAAGCCUUACUUCUACCCAAACUCGUAAUCCAACAUUCUGCGUCAAUGGCCCACAAUCUAUCAAUCCCCUACCCUGCGAACCUAUCAAUCACCCACAACAACCAUUCAAUCCUACUAUUAGCCGCCCAACUCUGAAUCCUACUCUGAACAAUGGCAACAUUCCCCAACCAAACAAUAUCAACCGUCAAACAAAUAGCAUUCCCCUACCAAACAAUAUCAACCGUCAAACAAAUAGCAUUCCUCUACCAAACAGUAUUCAACAUUCCAACAAUUCUACCCAGCAGCCUAACCGUUCUACAUCAAAUCCUCCUCAUUCUCUUCUUACUCCUCCUCCUCAUCCUCCAUCUCCUUCUCCUCCUCCUCCUCCAUGCUUCCAAACCAGUGCUAAUUCAAGAAACCCAAGUACCCAGCCACGCCCUCAACCACAUCAAUUCCAACCCUGGAACCAUGGAGACUUUCGAUUAAUGUGGGUGCCAGAUGACCCAACCUUCCCACCCCAAACCUUCCUUUAAGCAUACCCCUCAGUACAGCUACACCCAUCACAUCAGAAUAAAUAAGGUUAGACAUUGAAAAAUUAAGUUUCGCCUCUGUGCUUGCGAUACACAUCUUACAUCCAUCAUUAGUGGUGGUGUUGGAGGAACCAUAUUUAAGGAUGAUGAUGAGGAUGAUGGAGUAAGGACGCUGAUGCAGGACAUUCGGCUUCUUGGUCUAGAGGAUGGUUCGUCUAUCAUUGAUGGGGAGGGUGGUGUACUGGGUCGGGAUGGCUCGAAAAUUGAUGGUGACCUUGAGGUUGGUGUAUCUUGUGGAGAUAAUGGACGGGGUGGUUGGAAACUGUACUGUGGAGGGAACUGGCGGUAGAGAGGGGAUGAGGGGGUGACUGAUCGAUGGGUAACUGGGGUCAAUUCGCUGUAUGGUGGAGGUGGGCUAUCAGGGCGAGGUGGAGGAGGAGAAGGGUAGGAAGUCGAUGCAUUGCGCUCCAUAUUGCCUGAAAACGACAUACAUGCCGUUAGUAUGGGUGGUUCUCUAAUAUUGUAUGGGUGGUUAUCUCUAGUAUGGGAGGGUUGGAUUUUACAAUGCCCAUUCAACAAGAAUAGUUUUAAGAAAAAAUGAAUAGUAUGCAAACUGAAUGAUCAUCAUGAUGUGUGAGGAGACAUCUUAAAGUCCCCACACAAAGUAUUCAUCAAAAUGGGUCUUUUAAAAUUCUCUAUCUCAAACUGAAUGAUCAUCAUGAUGUGUGUGUGUGAGGAGACAUCUUAAAGUCACCCACACACAAAGUAUUUAUCAAUAUGGAUCUUUUGAAAUAAUAAUAAACAAUAUAGAAUUCAUCAAAAUGGGUCUUUUAAAAUUCUCUCAAACUGAAUCAUCAUCAUGAUGUGUGAGGAGACAUCCCCACAUAAAGUAUUUUCAUCAAAAUGGGUCUUUUAAAAUAAUAAUAAACAAUAUAGAUUGUACUUACUUUAACUGCACUGUAGCACACACUAAAAACAGCAACUUGUCUCCAACUAGGUCAGCAACACAAUGAUAGCUCUUAUGGCUAGGAGCUCCCAUAUAUAUACCCAAACAGUCUCCCACCACUCCCAAAGGUCGUGAAAUUAAUUCUAAUUUAUUUUUAUUUAAUUUUGAUUUUUUAUUAUUUAUUGUUUUUUUUUAAUUUUUUUUUUAAUUUUUUUUUUCAA